CUCUGCGCCGCCCCCAACCACCUCCAGCGGCAGCAGCAGAUGGAUCUGGCGGCUCCCAACCACCUCCAGCGGCAGCACCAGAUGUAUCCGCCGCCUACCUUCCCGUGUCCUCCGCCUCGACCAUGGCCGCUCCAGCACCAGCAGGCCCGCGCAGCGGCGGGAGCAAGUCCGUGCUCGACGGGAUGGCUGGCCCAUCCAUGAAGCCGGUUGAGCUCGAAGAAUUGGCUGGCUCAUCCAUGAAGCCGGUUCACCUCGAAGAAAUGGCUGGCCCAUCCAUGAAGCCGGUUCACCUUGAAGAAAUGGCUGGCCCAUCCAUGAAGCCGGUUCACCUCGAAGAAAUGGCUGGCACAUCCAUGAAGCCGGUUGAGCUCGAAGAAUUGGAUCUCAUGGGUGAUAUUGACAAGCAGAGGCUAAAGUGGGAAACCAUCAAUGAGGACCAGCAGGUGUGGGAUGCCCUCGAUGAGCAGCGAAAUCUACUUGUCGAUGAGCUGAUUAGAGAAGACUCCUAUUCAUGCUGCUUCUUGGUUGCACCUGAAGAUGUAGAUUCAUGUCAUCUACUGAUGAACGGAAGCCAUGCCUCAGAAUAUUUGUUGUUAGUGCUAGCUGAGCAGAAACAAGACUAUAUAAUCUAUUGUGUUUAGCAAGUUUUUAGCUUCAGAUUGUAUCAGGACCAGUACCAUGUGUCUUUGGUAAACUGAGUUUAACAGUAAUGUGGCGACAGGCGACAGAGUGUGAAGUAGU